GUCACCUUGGACCUUGGUUGUCAAUUAGUUGUCAGUGUCACAUUUUUGUAAAAAAAAUAUUAAACAUUUUUCAUAUAUGGUCACGUUUGUUGUUCGAAAUUUACUGAUAUUCUAUAAUUAUAAAUUCCAAUAAAUUAAGCGACGUUCGAGACAGUUUUAAGUGUUUCAGCUCGAAUUGUAAACUUAAAUUUAAUGGGAUUACUCUGAGAGUAUAAAUCCUAUCUCGAUUUCACGUGUGUUCCAAAAAGGAUUUGAAUUUUUAUUAAAAAUUAUCAUGUCCGCAAGAAAGAAGCCCGGUCUUAGGCUGAAUGUCAUAGACAAUGUUCCACCAGCAGUGAUCCCUCCUGCAAAUUUAGACACAAGAACAACAAUCACUAUCGGAGAUAGGACUUUCGACGUUGAAGCAGAUGAUCUUGAGAAACUUUGUGACUUGGGUAGAGGCGCUUAUGGUGUGGUAGAAAAAAUGAAACACAUUCCCAGCGAGACCAUAAUGGCUGUAAAAAGAAUCACAGCCACAGUGAACACCCAAGAACAGAAGAGGUUGUUAAUGGACCUCGAUAUUUCAAUGAGAAGCAGCGCUUGUCCUUACACCGUCCAGUUUUACGGCGCCCUUUUCAGAGAAGGGGACGUUUGGAUUUGCAUGGAAGUGAUGGAUACGAGUUUAGACAAAUUUUACGCUAAAGUUUACAAACACGGCAGGAAAAUACCCGAGGGUGUUUUAGGAAAGAUUGCUUUAGCCGUUGUCAGUGCCUUACAUUAUCUUUACUCUCAACUUAAAGUUAUUCAUAGAGAUGUUAAGCCAUCUAAUAUUCUGAUCAAUAGACAGGGUGAGGUCAAAAUGUGUGACUUUGGAAUUAGUGGAUAUUUAGUAGACUCGGUAGCGAAAACUAUUGAUGCUGGUUGUAAACCAUAUAUGGCUCCUGAAAGAAUAGAUCCUCAAGGAAAUCCGUCCCAAUACGACAUCCGCUCAGAUAUAUGGAGUUUGGGUAUAUCAUUAAUUGAAUUAGCAACAGGCGAAUUUCCAUAUCCCAAAUGGGGCACACCCUUCGAGCAGUUGAAACAAGUCGUGGCUGAUGAUCCGCCUCGAUUGCCAUCGGGUCAAUUUUCUCCGGAAUUCAGUGAAUUCAUUUGUAAAUGUCUGCAAAAGAAAUACACAGACAGGCCUAAUUACAGCCAAUUAUUAGAACACAGUUUUUUAACGAAGCACAAAGAGAUCAAUACUGACAUUUCCACUUUUGUGUCCGAAAUACUCGACAUGCCUGAUAACCCCUGA